AUGGCCGACCAGAUAAAGCGCGAGAUCGCGGUGAUGAAGAUGGUGCGCCACCCGCACGUCGUGCGCCUCAUCGAGGUGAUGGCGUCGCAGAGCAAGAUCUAUAUGGUGCUGGAACUCGCCGCCGGUGGGCAGCUCUUCGACCGCAUCGUGCACCGCGGGCGGUUGUCGGAAAGCGAGGCGCGGCGGUAUUUUCAACAGCUGGUGGAUGCGGUCGACUACUGCCACGCCAAGGGCGUCUGCCACCGCGACCUCAAGCCGGAGAACAUGCUGUUGGACGAGCGCGGCAACCUCAAGGUCUCUGACUUUGGCCUCAGCGCCCUGCCGCAGCAGCAGCACCGCGACGGGCUGCUGCACACCACCUGCGGCACGCCCAACUACGUCGCCCCCGAGGUCCGCCCCUCUGCCCCAGUCGUUCACCGUUUCAGCCGUACGCCACGUCCUGUGCUCUUCGCCACCACGCUUACCACUCCACGUGUAUCGCACCCGCACCUGCUCAUCAGCUGCCCUGCUUAUCCUCUCUCUCCUUAUCCUCUCUCUCCUGCUCACCCCCUCCUCUCCUGCUCACCCCCUCCUCUCCUGCUCACCCCCUCCUCUCCUGCUCACCCCCUCCUCUCCUGCUCACCCCCUCCUCUCCUGCUCACCCCCUCCUCUCCUGCUCAUCCCCUCCUCUCCUGCUCACCCCCUCCUCUCCUGCUCAUCCCCUCCUCUCCUGCUCAUCCCCUCCUCUCCUGCUCACCCCCUCCUCUCCUGCUCAUCCCCUCCUCUCCUGCUCACCCCCUCCUCUCCUGCUCACCCCCUCCUCUCCUGCUCAUCCCCUCCUCUCCUGCUCACCCCCUCCUCUCCUGCUCAUCCCCUCCUCUCCUGCUCACCCCCUCCUCUCCUGCUCACCCCCUCCUCUCCUGCUCACCCCCUCCUCUCCUGCUCAUCCCCUCCUCUCCUGCUCAUCCCCUCCUCUCCUGCUCAUCCUCUCCUUCCCACCAGGUGCUCUGUGACAAGGGGUACGACGGGCGCCUGGCGGACGUGUGGUCGUGCGGUGUGAUUCUCUUCGUGCUGCUGGCGGGCUAUGCGCCCUUCCAGGACAGCGACCUGCGCCCACUCUACCGCAAGAUCCGCCACGCGCUCUUCUCCUUCCCCGCCUGCAUCUCGCCCUCCGCGCGCGCCCUCAUCUCCGCCAUCCUGCAGCCCGACCCCGCCAAGGUGCGCCGCAUGUGCGCGCUUCACGCAUGGGGGAGCGAGGGGGGAAGAGGGGCCGGGUGUGAGGGGCAUGGGAGCGAGAGGGGCGAUGGGGGGAGGGCAGAAGGUGGAGGAAUGAAGGAGGGUGGAGUGGGUGCAGCAGCGGCGGGGGAAAGUCCGGAGCUGAUGAACGCGUUUGACCUCAUAGCGCGCGCACACGCGCUGGACUUGGGAGCGCUCUUCCACCGCCGUGCCGACCCUGUUCUCCGCCAAACCCGCUUUGCAUCCCGCCUGCCACCUGCUCUCAUCCGCUCGCGUCUCCUCGCGCUUGCGCCCGCCCUGCACGCUGAUGCGCACGCCAAGCUCUACAAGAUUCGAUUCUGCCGGCCCGCAAGGAACAAAGGACGAGAGCUGACCGUGGUGAUUCAGAUAUUUGAAAUGACGCCGGGGGUGUUCAUGGUGGAAGCACGCAAGGAUGUGGGUGACACCCUCGAGUACCACAAGUUCUACCGUGCGCUGCUGGCAUGCGUCUCAGACAUGGUGUGCCACGACGGCACUCCCACGCUCCACCCUUCCAUCGCCCCGCCCCUCGCCACGCCUCCUCUCGUUCCUGCAACCCUCCCAAUCUCGCCUCCCGACCACGCCACCUGCCGCUCUGCGCCAUCGCCCGGCGUGUUUGGCAAGCCAGGAGUGCUGCAGGAGGCAAAGCCGGGUGUCGCAAGGGACGAGGCAGCGCAGCUGAUGCGGCCACAGCAGGCUCAGUCAGCCCACAGACGGGCAUCUCUGGAUGAGGGCCAAGUAGCCACCAUCCAGGCGUGUCGCAGCGGGGAUGGUGAGAGAGGCAGGCGGAGAUCCAUGGACGAUGCCAGCCAGCCAGUUGCAGAUUUGGCAGCACGAGCAGCAGCAGCUGCGGCUGUGGCAGAGGCAGCGAGGAGAGAUGACGAGGCGUUCAAAUCUCCUGCAAAGGCCCGGACAUUGGAUUUCUGGCCUGGAUCGUUGAUGUCAUCGGUGCUGCAGUCGCCGCUCUUCAGGGCGCGCCCCAGUGCAACUGGAUCUCCCGCCAGCCCUUCAUGCAACCCUGUGGACAACGACCCUCCUGCCUUGAGUCUGACGCACAUGCACAGCUUCUCCUGCUCCUGCUCUGGCUCCAUGUGCCAUUGUCGGGCUGCGCUGAGCUGCAGUGCGGACAGGAGUGCAGGCGGUGAUGGCAGGGGUGAGGGGGGCGGUGACACGGAGGCAGUUCAAAUGCAGCAGGUGAUGUGA